GCUCACGGCUCCAUUCCUGAUACAAGGGAGAUGCCGGCCAGGACUUGUCCUACCGUAACCUCUGUGCAUGGUGAGCAGUGCAGACCCAGGAGCUGCAGCCAGACCCAACUGAGAGUCUGAGCCAAAGGGAAGUCCUUGGUGACAAGGCAGGUCUAACAUCAAGCUGGGAAGUCAAUCUACAGGUGAUGGCCAGGCAGAUCCAUGGUGGUGUGACAGGACUGAGGUUAUGCCGGUGAGUCAGUGAUUGGCUCAACAGGCACACAGACCUUUGGUGAGCUGGAGGUGGGCAGUCCUGGCCAUAGGCUGCUCAGUGCUCAGGCAAGGCCGCUCUUGUAAGGGCUCAUGCAUUUUGAUAACUACAGCAAUCACAGAAUCAUUUAUCUUGGAAAAGGCCUCUUACAUCAUCAAGUAUGUCUGUUAUCCCAGCACUGCCAUGUCUCCCACUAAACCACGUCCCGAAGCACCGCAUCUGCACAUCUUCAAAAUAGCUCCAGGGUGGGGAGUUUGCAGUUCGCUUCACUAAAGUCUUACUAUGUAAGUUUUCACGUUUAUUUCCUGUUUAUUGCCUCAGAUUUUUUUCCUCAAAUUAUCUGAUUUUCUUCCUGGUACAUGACUUAUUGCGGAAACACAGAAACGUCGGCACGAGGGAUGUCAGGACAGCUCCAGUCCAGCACCCCACCCGCAGCAGGACUACCGGCACCAGCAGCUCAGCGAGCUCAGCCCAGGCAAGCCUCGGAAACCCGCAGGGUUUGAGGUCCCACAGCCCGCCGGACACCGGCUGCACGGCCCCGGCAGGACGAAAGGCGGCCGGCCCGCCCCCCCCCCGGCGGAGGCGGAGAGCCGUGCCGCCAUGGCGGGGCUGCUGUGGAGGCUCUGCAACCUUCUUAUGGCCGCCUUCUUCGGGCUGGCGGCCGCCGUGCAGGUGAACGACCCCGACGCCGGGCUGUGGGUGGAGCGGCCGCCGGUGAUCCUGGGGCGGCGUGAGCGGGGCUUGGAGCCGCAGCGGCCAGAGGGGUCCGUGGGUGGCAGGAGCCGCGGGUGGGUGCGGGCCGACCCUGGCCCUGCCGUGGCCCUGCCGUGUCUUUGCCGUGGCCCUGCCGUGUCUUUGCCGUGGCCCUGCCGUGGCCCUGCGCUCCCCGUGCAUCCCUUAAGCGGUGAGCCCAGCUGGCAGGGCCAAGGCCGCGAUGCGGGAUCGGGGGCUGCUGCUGUUCCCACCCAGCACGGUUGGGGUGUGGAGGGCAGUUCUUCGCAGAGCCUCUCCCGGGGAGAACCACAGUGCAACCCUGGAGCUGGGGCAUGAUGUCUGGCACUUGGCUGACCUCUCCCAGCGGUGUCACACAAGGAUUUUGGGUGGCAGGUGGGGGAGCACUGGGUUUCUUCUGUGCACAGGGUAGAGAGCUGCAAAAGGGAGAGAGCUGUACAGCUGCUUUGUGCAUCUCACAAAAUGCUGUGGAGAAGUUGCUAUGGGUGACUACAUCUGCUUCCUUAGCUUGCUAAGUUUGUGUUUGAUUAACAGGUUGUCUACUUGGUGCCGGCUGCCCUUACACUGCUUGUUGUCCUUAACCCUUUGGUAACAGGUAUGAUAUUGGUGUGUAAAACAGAAUCUCUGCUCAGUUUUUUUCCUUGAAAAGUUUAUUUUCACUGAAUCACAGGUCAGGUUGUAUGGACACGUGUCCUGAUACAUUUUGUGUGCAGAAAGCUGAGGAACCUGCUUCUGCUGAAGGUAGUAUUAGUAUUUGUUAUUGGAAAUGCUGCAAGCAAACACAGGAGCUCCACUUAAAGGGUUGCCACUGGGUUGGUCUUACCAAUAUACCUUGAUUCAAGCACUCAUGGAGCAAAUGGAGCACAAUCCUGGGAGCAUGUUCUGAACCUGGCUCUGUUGUUGACCUUAGUACAUAGUUUAAUCCAUGCAGUCUCUUGUUGUAAAGUUGGGUUUUUGCUUAUCUGUGUCAUAUACAAGCUGUUAAGCUCUGUACAAUGCUUUAAGAGAGCUAAAGGUCUUUUUUAGGAUCAAGUACUACAGCUGCUCCACACGCACAAAGGCUGAUGCUCGGAGAAGUCUGUGCAGUGACUGAGGUUUCAGUGUUGCACACUGAGGGCUAACCUAUAUGAGGUGUUGAAAUAAUUGUUCAGAUCAGAUAUGGUCCAGGACUCCAGAAAAUAAUUCUUAAUUUUUAAAGGACUGUUACAGAAAAACGUAAGAAAACUCUCCAAACCAAAUGAUAGUUUAGAAAGCCAACACUGGUUUAUUGCAGUGCUGGGUGCAUGGGGAUCCUUCCACAAAGCAUGCACACCCCAGAACUAAAUCACCCUCACUGUAUGCAUUUAACGUAAGAAUAUUCAUACAAUUCCCAUGAAGUUCUUGCCUACAUUCAGAAUUGUCAUACAUGUUAAAUCCAACAUUGCACCUGCACUGUUCAGUCAAGGGGUUCUUGCAAGGGGUCUCUUAGUUGGUCUCUUAGUUUACCCAUAGGUAGUACUGAUGUUGAAAUACACAGAUUGCACUUUGGAACCUCCUUCUCUCCUAGAUUGCUCUUUGUUGCCUUCCCACAAUGUUUGCACAAAGGGACCUAUUUUUUGAAUUACAAACUAAAUUGUUUAAAUCUUUGGUAUCAUGACUAUUGUCAAUUAAAGUAACUGUAUCUUCUCUAAGUGAACAUUUAAUAUGAUUUGGAAUUACACUUCUACCAGAAAGGAUAAUCUUCAGGAGCACAAUCAUUGUCACAAAUCGUACCAUUACAAUCUUUCACCUUAAGCAUACAAUGUGGCACCAUUCAUGAAACCAGAACCCGUGAGAAUUGCUGCCUGUGUUUUCAGACAUUCCAGGGGAGGCUUGCAGUAGGUACAGCCUCAACAUAGUGGCAUUCAACUGGUUAGGAGAACCUGCAAGCUAAUCUACAGGUAUGUUACUUGCACCACAAUCUUUAGGAAAUCUAGAUUAAAACUGCACAACUGUUGUGUAAUUUGACAUUUAUGUAAAUUCAGCAAGUGGUCUUUGUCACUCAGGCCUGUGGAACCUCAGAUGCAGCCUCUGCAGAGCUGCAGUGAGUUUACUGUGGGAUUGAUUAUGAAGCUUGGUCACACUGAGUUCUUGAAUUUUGGCAGCCCAUCAUUUUUCACGCUUGCCUGGAGAGGUCAGUGCCUAGGAAAGACUGCUUUUGACUUCGCAGUGUUUGCUACGGACAUUGCUGAGAUCAGCUGGAGCUCAGCAUGUGUCAUUUGUUCACCUCUCCUCCUUGAGGGAGUGGACAUGGAAAGCGAGAAGAAACCGUGGGUCCAUUCAGAUUUUUCAUGUCUCUGUUUUUCUCUUUAAAACAUCAGUCCCCAGCCCUGAGACAGAGGUGUCACUGUUGCUCAUGAUCACUGGCAAAAGGUCAGAUGGAGACUUGUCAGGGAGCAUGAAGGCAGAUGCUCCUUGUGCCAUGGUGUUAGCACUGCUGGUCAGAGCUGUGAGCGUGCACUCCAGAAGAGCUGUUUCCCCUAAUUAAGCAAACUCCCAUUUGUAAUCUGCCUUGUGAUUUUCUGUGCAUGCUGAAUGCUGGA